CAACCGCCGAACAAUCAUCAACGACUCGGUCCCUCCACGCCCCAUCAACCAAAGGUGCCUGCGGCGACAAUGGGCUCUCGGAAUGGCAUCGAAAAAUCCUGUUCCGUCUAGGGCGGCGCUCAAUGCCCUGCGUGGCGUCGUCCUCACCACGUCAUGCUCAGUCAUUCUGCUUGCCGAGGAACGAAGGCGGCGCCUCAAGAUAGCUCGGGCAGCCAUCGACAAUGCAAGGAAGUUGCACACUGUGAGGUCCAACCGCGGGCCCCUUGCCCUGACCGAAGGUCUCGCUCAAUGGGAAGGGAGCUUCUCAGGUGUCGGCGACGAUGUUCUUUCAGUAUCAUCGAUUCCACGACCUAGGACCUCGACACGUCGCCGCCGACGCCGCGAUGGAUCAACAGACUCGAGCCCCGACGUCGCCAAUAUCCACGACCACAGUACCGAACUUCAAAUAUCUCGUGGUGCUCAUACGCCAGCCUCGGCCACAUCCACCGCCGGCCUCGCAAGCCUGCACACCUUCGUACCUGACGCAAUCAACUUGGAGUCGCUCAAGUUUGCGACCCCCAGCCCGACGGCCCGUCCGCGCGAUGGGGGGUGGAGGCCCCCAAAGGCUUUCUCAAACAUCACUGCGUAUAACUCCAUAUCGGCACAAUCGGCGCAAGUCACCAAGCCCAACAAGGCGAAGGGAUCGCCGUUAGAUGACCACCCUGCGAACAUCGAACCCAAUCCGCCCAUGAAAGCGGUAGAUCCAUUGGACUCUGCUCGCUCCUAUCUAAUACGAUCCGUUCAAGGCAGCUCGAGCUCUCCUCCGCGGCCUUUCUACGAUGAAGCGUUGGUCAUUCUGGAUCAACUACUCGGACAGUCAGACAUGAGCCAUUUGGACCGGACCGAAAUUUGUGAGCGCAUAGAGCUAGCAAACCGGGUGCUGCAAAGGCUCGCGUCGUUUGGUCUUCCUAUACCCAGAGCCGCCAAGUCUAUCAAAGCCAUCGGUGUUGAAUUGCUGAGAUUGACGAGUCGAAAUGAACCCUCCAAAACUGUCGACGUUUUGGCGGCCCUGAUUCCUCUUUGUCGAGACCCUCUCAGGGUCAUCAUCUCGUGCUUCGAAUUUGUUCAAGCAAGCGGCUCAGUUAAGCAUAUGGAGACAUUGCUUAGCUUCCUCUCUGACCGAAAGCGGUCACAGCUUUGGAUGCGGGGCUUACUGUUGCAUCGCAUACUCGCCCGUCAUGGAAAGCUCCAAGAAGAUUUCGACAGCACCAAGCAGCUAUAUCGUGCAAUGCGAGCCGCAGGAAUAUUCAAGACUGUGGCAGUUCCUUACGAAACUGAGUAUAAGAUACGGCGCCUGAUGAUCCUUAUGGCAGCAGAAGCACGUAACGACUCCUUCCUCUCCCAGGAAUUACAGGCCAUUCGAAACCUAGCCCCCGAUGCGCAUGCAGUCGACCUGCGGCUCCAAGGCAAACUAAGUAUCCGUGACGCCGAACUUGGUAACUGGAGCCUUGUCCAUGAGCAGUUGAGGCGACUUGAUAGCGGUCUCGACACUACCUGCGCUGACUUUCAAGCGGCGUUGAUUCGGAUCACUGAUGUCUUUGCGCAAACGCACACUCCCAAUGAGCUGGAGGCGUUUGUACGAGCACUCGCUACAACAUACCAGAUGAAACCGAAGAAUCGCUGGGUGUACAGGGUUCUAGACGAGCAUGCCAGCCGCCGUCAAACUGACGCUGUCUUCCAGUGGCUGCGGUUCUGCCGCGAGAGCGGACUGCCAAUGGACGAUGCGUUCGUUGAACGGCUCUACACCCGGUGCCGCAAGUAUUGGAGCUUUUCCGAUACAAGCAUUGCGAGUCUCCAGCAGAGCUUGCGUGCAUGCGGAUCGCGCCUGCAACUGGUCGGGGAACAGAGAGACGACGCCGCAGCAUGUGGGCAAGAUAGCAGAUCAACGAGAGACGUCAACUCGCACGACAAGUCUGCAUCAUCAAGUGGUCUCCGAGGAGCAGUCAUGGAGCACUUGAACGCAAAGAACGGGGCGCAUGUCGACGAGGCCAUCGCACUGAUACGGUCAGCGCAUGAACGUGGUCAGGACAUCAGCAAUGCCCUGACACCCGUGCUCAUGGCGCGCCUCGAAAGGGGAGAUGAUCCAACCGAGCUCAUCGAGGAGGCACUGCGGAUGGGCGCACGCAUACACGACAGCGCAUUCAACAAGGCUAGUCAGCUGCUGUCAGCGAAGGGCAACCUCAGGGGCGCGGCCGAGAUAUGCAAGGUAGCAGCCAGAGAGAACGGCAACGGCCAGCUUCUCUACAACGAGUACAACUUUGCCAACCUGGUCUUUGCCUACACAGGUUCGGCACGUUACGGCGAUCUCAAGUCUAUCUUGUGCGACUUCACAUCCGGGGAGCAGUGGUGGCACGGCAGCCGCACGUGCAAGGAAAGCGUCAAGCUGGCGAUGAAGACGGCAGCGAUGCGGGCCGUUGUUCAGCCAAAGGACAUGAAACCGCACCGUCAGGCCCUGGACCAGCUGGACGCGGCCCUCAUCCACGUGAAGCAGUGUCGCUCCAACCGUGGUCAUCGGAGAGCAGUGACGGAAGCGAUUGUACGCGUCAUCAAGAAUCCAUCAGACUCGAAAUUGUAUGAGAAUAUGGGCCUUAAGAGGGGUCACGUCCAGGGCCAUGCCGGUGGACAGUUGUUGGAACGAUCAGCGGAGCCGUUGGAAGAUGCUGUGCUGACAGCUGCGGCGGGGGCAGGUUGAUGCAAGACCCUUUUCUGGAGUAUUAAGCAGAGACCCUACGCGAGUGUUGACCUGUUAGGCUCGACAUGAAGAGUUGUGGGCGAUCUAAAGAAGCCCUUGUUCAUAGGAGAGCAGUUCCAUAGCAACAUGCCAUCGUCAACGACAUGAUACGCCCGUAGCAGAGCCUUCACGAAGUAGGAGAAAGCAACCCUG